AUGGGAGGAUCGGACGCAAUUGAGCUUUUCAACCUGCAAGACCAAACGCAGCUUGUUUCCCCCUGCCUGACCGUUCAUGGAACAUGCAAAAAUGCGACCGGCGCUCGUAUGAUACAGGUUUUACAUCCUCAAUUACCUCGAUUGUCAUAUCCAUUGAAUGAAUCAGGCUUCAAAGCUACUAUUAUCCUCACUCCAGGUGAGAAUAGGCUCACAUUUGCUACCGAUACCAACAAGUCAAAGACGGUGACUUGCUACUAUACGCCUUUAUUACAAGACCCACCUAUUCAUCUAUGUUUGCUUGUGGCUAAGGACUCUCCUCUGGAGUUCGACUCUCCAAAGGUGCAAAGGGAUAAGGAAGGUGGAAAUGGCCUGGAUCUGGCUGUGAAGAAAUUGAGAGUAGGCGCUAGGCUGAUGCAAGCGUACACCAAUGAGCAAAUGAUGCGUGCUGGAUUUGGAAACCGUACGUUUAGGUUUCUGGAAGAAUUUACCUGGGACACUACAUUUCAGCAGAGAUCAGAGAUGAGAAAUACUGUGAAAAUUCACAUUCUUCGAUCAGAUAAGUCAACCAAAGAGAUCCGGGAUGCAAACUUAGCUCAACAAAAUCCUAAUGCAUCUGAUGCUGGUGGAUUGUUUGGCGUUGCCAUGGAUGCGCUUCAAAAAUAUGGAGGACCCUUUGCUGACAGGGUGAAACCUGUUCAGGCGGCGGUCAUGUUUCUAGAUACUCAUUGGGAUGGUAAUCUAAUAACUGCUCAUGCGGCUUUAGGUGGAGGGACUGAUGAGGUUAAGCUGGCAAUAUUUGGUUCACAUGCACUGUUUGCUUGGCCACCGCAUCUUGAACAGUUAGUUGAAUAUUUCACUGAUGAGACGAGAACCUCCAAAAAAGAAGUGGCGAAUGAUUGUGAUGAAUGUGGCACUCACUGGGAAGCGUUCACACUUACGCUGGGUGCUUUUUUGCAUGAGAUCGGCCAUUCAUUGGGAUGUCCACACGAAGAAAGCGGAGUUAUGCUGAGAGAUUAUACUACACUCAACAGAUCUUUUGUGACUAGAGAGGCUUUCUCAAUCAGGACGAACUCGUAUGGGGCCAAAUCUCCAAUCUAUCCAAAGGAGGAAUGUACGUGGCAUCGUCUCGACUUGGUGAGGUUCCUAUACCAUCCAUCAUUUACUCUUCCUCAAGACUAUUUGGAUCCAUCAUUUUUAAGGCCGGGGGAAAUUGACAAAUUCACUGAACCAAAACCUUCCAUAUAUGCACUGGGUGAUGACCUAUGCCGAAUUACAUCAAGAACAGGUGUUUACUUGAUCGAAAUAGUCUGUGGAGAUUUGACCAAAGCCUAUAUCGAAUAUCUGCCCGUAUCUCUGGGAGGCCCUGGUCCUCAACAUGACCUAACAUUGUCUUUGAGCGAGUUACGCUCUUUAAUACCCCCAAAUGAGAUGCCUGAACAUGGUAACAGUUUUGGUUUGAAGUUACUUUCAGUCAAUGCCCCUGGACUCGAGAUUGGUAAGUUCCCAGAUUUCUUAAAGGUAACAUUCAUUCCAAUGGACCAAUAUGGGUUCCCUCGCGGGGUUCAAGGUGUUAAAUCACAAUUACUUGGGAAUCCCAGUGGUGGUCAAGAUGUUGGAAUUGUUCCCAUUGAUAUAAGACGAGUGACCGCUGUUAGAAUUUAUCACGGUGGUGCUCUUGAUGGGAUGAGAUUUUAUUUCAGCUCUCAAACAGAAAGUGCAAACCCACCGGUCCCACCAAGAAACUACUUGGGCAAGCUUGUCAAAAGUUUUAAAGCUACAAGCAUCGACAAUACAAGUGGUAAAAAUGUCUUGUUUGGUUACGAAACAGGUAGUUACACCGAUGCAGUCCUGGAAGAGGGUGAAUACAUUACGGGAUUCAACGUCAGGUGCGGUGGCUGGAUCGAUGCUCUGCAGAUUGUUACGAACGAAGGCCGAGUAACAAAGAUGCUUGGGAAUGAAGGCGGAGGGGGUCUGAUUGAAUUGAGACCUCCUGAAGGCCAGUAUAUUCUUGGACUAUACGGUAACGUCGGGCAAUGGGUUGAUGCCAUGGGUAUAAUCUAUGGUAGGUUGUGA